UUUACCAACAGCAUGAAUCAAGAAAAGUUAGCCAAACUUCAGGCUCAGGUCCGGAUAGGGGGCAAGGGUACAGCUCUCAGAAAGAAGAAGGUGGUACAUAGAACAGCUACAGCUGAUGACAAAAAGCUUCAGAGUUCUCUAAAAAAACUGGCUGUGAAUAAUACAGCUGGUAUUGAAGAGGUGAACAUGCUUAAAGAUGACGGGACAUUUAUUCAUUUCAACAAUCCCGAAAUCCAAGCUUCCCUUUCUGCUAACACCUUUGCAAUUACUGGUCAUGCAGAAGCCAAACCCAUCACAGAAACGCUUCCUGGAAUAUUAAGUCAGCUCGGUGCUGACAGCUUAACAAGCCUUAGGAAGUUAGCGGAACAGUUCCCACGGCAAGUCUUGGACAGUAAAGCACCCAAACCGGAAGACACUGGGGAUGAGGAGGAGGAUGCUCCAGAUCUUGUAGAAAAUUUUGAUUAG